CGAAGGUAACUACGUGUCAAGGAGAGUACGUCUUAUCAUCAGCAGAAACUAGCAAUGCUAGAGGAAUGCAGCAGCAAGGGCUUCUAAAGAAGAAACCUAAUACUUUCGGAAGAACAUCAGCAGAAAUAAUUACGUGCCAAACUCCGCGCUACCAUGGAAUAAACCGUCACGUGAUAAUUAUACCAUGAUAGUUUUAGUAUAAAUAAGCGUAGCCACUUGGAGCAAAGUUUAGUUGAGUGAAAAAUUAGUCGAGAGUUAAUAUCAAGUUGAGCGAAGAAUUUAGUUAAGUUGAGAUUUAGUCGAAUAGAGUCGAGUUGAAUUAAGAGUUAAGAGUUGAGUUGAGUUUUUUAGAAAACUAUUUAAGAGUGUAGUAUCGUGAACAAAAGGCCUAAGAGAUAUCGGGUGAACUAUAAACAAUGUCGCGAGAAAGCCGAGGUAUCGACAGGCCCAUCAAUGUGUCGUCGGUCCUUCGAUCGAAUAGUUUCGUGGAAAGGACCUACGUGACCCUGACUACGAGCGGUUACGGAACACGUGCGUGGUGGGGUUAAGACAAAAGAGAUGCUAAGGGAGAAAGAUGAAUUAGCAGGCAGUGUCAGUGGAAAAGUCGCAGAGUGUUAGUUGAAAAGUCAAAGAGUGCGAACUGCGUAGUUGUCUUAACUGCAGCACGUUGCUGUAUUUAGUUCACGUUAAUCAACCAUCGUUUCCUGUUCAAUCAACGUCUGUACAAUCCAUUUAUUGUAAAUAAACUAAUUGUAGUAUAAGAUCCUACAAGAGUGAACAUCAAGAAGUAAAUCUGAACAGCCAGUCGUUCAUUGUUCGUUAGUCGUUAAUCAGGAGUUGAAAGCAUACAGUACGCGAGUUGAAAUCAGUCAGUCUUCAAGCAAUUAUACUUAAACAGUUUAAUCAAUAUAUUACUUAGUGCGAUAUUUCCAAUUCAAUCCAAAUAAAGUGCAAUCGGUAGUAUAUAUAAGCAAGUAUAUAUAUGAAAAAUGGAAGAAGAUAAGGGAAAACAAAUUGGUAAAGGAAGAGGAGCUAUUCUUUUAAGGCUCAUGAAAGAAAGGGAACAAUCUGAAGAUGCAGCUAUAAAAUCUUCAUCAAAAAGUCAAAGUCAAACACAAUAUAAUGUACCUAAUCUAUCUGAAAUACCAUCCAGUUCUAAGACAGGACAUGGAAGAGGUACUUUAUUAAGCACAUUAAAAUCAAUGAUACGUGCUAGUGCAUCAAGUUCUAAACCAGUAGAAGUAGCUGGUCCAGGUAGAGAGUUGUCAAUCAAGAAACCUAAAGCUGCUGGCUUAACUGAAAAACAAUCAGACAUUGCUGUACAAUCUUUUGAUGAUGCAGGAGUAUUAGGUAAAUUAACCGAUAUGACAAUACAGGAAACAAAAAGUACAUCUGAACCAUAUUCAGCAUUUAAACCAAAAUGUCGACAAGGAAUAGGUGGAACUUCAGUACAGUUAAGUGGUAAUUAUAUAAGCCUCAAAUUAAGUUCUGGAAAAGGGUUGUUCAAUUAUGAAGUCAAGUUUAAUCCUGAUAUUGAGUCAAGACCACUUCGUAGAAAACUUCUUAAUCAACAUUUACAAGCACUUGGACGAACAAAAGUAUUUGAUGGAGUAACACUCUAUUUACCACAGAAGUUACAGCAAGAUAUAAUUAUCCUUGAAUCUAUACAUCCUAUGGAUCAGUCAAAAGUGGAAUUAAAAGUAAUAUAUAAGAAACAACAAACCAUGUCUGAGAACAUUCCAUUUUUCAAUGUUUUACUUGGCCGUGUUCUACGAUCGCUUAGUUUAGUUCGCAUUGGCCAACAUAAUUUUAAUCCAAAGGGAAUACAUCCUAUACCACAACAUAAAUUGGAAGUGUGGCCAGGCUACGCAACAGCAAUUACUGCAUAUGAAGGGGGUUUAAAAUUAUGCAUAGAUGCACGGCAUCGUGUUAUGCGUACAGAAACGAUACGUGAUAUAAUGAUCAACUUCGGAGGUAAACCGAAUUUCAAAGAUGCCGUUGUAAGGGAAUUAAUUGGGUUAUCCGUUUUUACAAGAUAUAAUAAUAAAACCUAUCGUGUUGAUGACGUUGCAUGGGAUAAGGAUCCGACAUAUGAAUUUAUAAAAGGAACUGAAAAAGUUUCUUUAGUAAAUUAUUAUAAGUUUCAUUGGAAUAUAGAGAUAAAAGACAAAAAUCAACCACUUUUAGUUCAUUGUGAUAAAUUUAAAUCAUCUACUGGUCAGACACAAGAAAAAAUGAUAUUGUUGGUUCCUGAGCUAUGUUACUUAGCAAGUUUGAGCAAUAGUGUUCGUUCAGAUUUUAGAAUUAUGAAGGAUCUCAUGGCAGUGACUCAAAUGACUCCCAAUGCCCGACGUGAUAUAAUUAGACAUUUUGUGCAAGAAAUACAAAAUAAUGAUGUACCACGGGGAAUAUUAGCUGAGUGGGGUUUAUAUCUGGAACCUGAUGUAAUAAAAUUUACAGGCAGAAUUCUUGAAUCUGAGUGCGUUUUCUUUGGUAAAAAUACAAAAGUUACACCUUCACUUGAUCGUCCUGUAGAUUGGGGUUCAACAGUAUCUAGAAAUGCUCUUUUAAGAACUCCUAAUCUGAAUCAUUGGUUUAUCUUGUAUUGCCAAAAAGAUACAAGAUGUACACAAGAGUUUGCUGGUAUGUUCAAAAAUGUUACAAAAGUUAUGGGUAUGAAUGUUAGAGACCCACACAUGAUUUGCUUAAGAGACGAUAAAAUUGAAACAUAUGUACAAGCACUAAGAAAGAGUAUCCAACAAACGGCUAAUCUAAUGGUUAUCGUGUUUCCUACAAACAGAACUGAUAGAUAUUCUGCGGUAAAAAGAGUAUGCUGUGUAGAAAUGCCUGUAGCUUCUCAAGUAAUUAUGUCUAGAACUAUUUCUCGUGGUGACAAAUUAAAAAGCAUAACAGAAAAAAUUGCUUUACAAGUUAAUUGUAAGCUGGGUGGAGCACUUUGGGCUUUAGCUAUACCUAUGGACAAUUGCAUGAUAUGCGGUAUAGACGUAUAUCAUGCAGGUAAUGGCCAAUCAAAAGGGAGUGUUGCAGGCUUUGUAGCAAGCCUAGAUAAGCUAUUGACAAUUUGGCACAGUAAAAUCUGUAUACAAGGUAAACGUCAAGAGAUAGUAGAUAUGUUGCAAAUGUGUUUAAUUUCGGCUGUAAAAGCCUACCAUAGACAUAAUACUCGUUACCCAGAUCGUAUUAUCAUAUAUCGAGAUGGAGUUAGCGAUGGACAAUUAGAGAUUGUUGUCAAGUAUGAGAUAAAACAGCUAUUAGCAGCAUUUAAAGCUAUAGAAAUAAAUUACGAACCAACAUUAACUGUAAUAAUAGUUCAAAAACGCAUUAAUACCCGGAUAUUUGAGAAAUCUAGCUCGGGAUUGAGGAACCCUUCACCAGGAACAAUUGUGGAUUGUUACAUAACAAAACCAGAUGUCUACGAUUUCUUCUUAGUUUCUCAAAACAUACGUCAAGGAACAGUAUCGCCAACUCGCUAUAUCGUUAUAUAUGACAGUAGAAAUAUGAAACCUGAACAUAUACAACGACUAACGUAUAAGCUUUGUCAUUUGUAUUACAAUUGGCCUGGUACUAUAAAAGUUCCAGCUCCUUGUCAAUAUGCACAUAAGCUCGUUUCUCUCAUUGGACAAAAUAUACAGCUAGAACCACAUCAAUCGCUUGCCGAUACAUUAUAUUACUUGUAAGUUUUAUAUAUGACUCAACAUCCUAGGAUGUUGUUAAUCAGAUCUGGAUGCCAAAUAAUUUAGUAUGAAUCAUAAGUACUUAUUAGACUGAUACUGACAUAAGGGAUUUAAUAUGUUCACACAAAUAUAGUUUCAUGUUUCACUGACAUAUAAAUUUAAAAAGUAUUAUAGAAGAGAUAAAGCUAUUUUUUUGUAAGGUACUACUAAGUCAUUUUUUCUGUCAUAUAUUAAUAUAUGAUAAUAAUAUCAGUAUUAAGACCACUGCUGAAUAAGCUGUUUUAAUUGGUAAGUUAUAUUUCUUUACUCUAUAUAACUAUUACCAAAACAUUGUCAGGGAUAAAGAUAGCAAUUUUGCAAAUUCAUAAAUAAAAUGUUAUAUUUGGAUAAGUAUAGUUUAUAUAUAUACAUAAAAUGUAAUUUAGAAAUUUUAUAUCAUGUCCAUAUAAAUACUUCUCGAUUAUUAUGUAUAAAAUUAAACUGAACUAUUCAACAAUAAAAACAAAUAUUUUAUAUUUUUGUUACAAAUAUAA